AUUGCAUCUCUCUCUCUCUAUAUGUAGAGAGAGAAAGCCGAUAAAGAGAGAGAGAGUAAAGAGAAGUAAUAGAGAGAAAAUAUAAUAGAUCUGGGUGUGGUGUGAAGGGGAGAGAGAGAGAGCUUAAUUAAUUAAUUACUCCAAAUGGCGUCGAAAAUCAUACUGGGAUUGGUGUUCGUCUUUGAUAUCAUUGCUUUUGCGUUGGCUGUUGCUGCUGAGCAGCGGAGAAGCACUGCCACGAUCACACAGGACAAUGAAAGGAACUAUAACUAUUGUGUGUAUGACUCGGACAUUUCAACAGGGUAUGGUGUGGUAGCAUUGUUGUUCCUCAUGGCAAGUCAAGUCCUAAUAAUGGUGGCUAGCCAAUGUUUCUGCUGCGGCAAGGCUUUGAAACCUGUUGGUUCCAGGUCUUUGGCACUUCUUCUUUUCAUAACUUGCUGGGUGUUCUUCUUCAUCGCGGAGGUAUGCUUGCUAGCUGGUUCGGUGAGGAAUGCCUAUCACACCAAGUACCGGACAGUUUUCACAGAUAACCCUCCCUCGUGCCAGACCUUGAGGAAGGGAGUGUUUGGAGCCGGAGCAGCUUUCGUUUUCUUGAAUUGCAUAGUUACAGAGCUUUACUAUGUUUUCUAUUCCAAGGCCAAGGAAAGCUUCCAACCAUAUGCUGGAGAAGCGGCUGUCAGUAUGGGAACCUACAAAUAAAUCUCGGUUAUGUCAAUACCGUGAUAUAGUGAACAUUACAGUGUGCUUGCUAGCUGUGAUUGUUUGGACUCUCUCUGUAUCAAUUUGAUUUUUUCAUUGCCUGUUUGCUUUGGAUUUCAUUUUGGGGAUUGAAUUUAGUUGGAGAUAGAUUGUAUUUCUAAUACAUAUUUCAUAAUUUUGUGGACUAUUUUACCUUUAUAACUAUAUAUAUUACUAGUGGUAACCCCAAGCGAUAAACGGA